UUGGGAUGCCUUGCGCUGGAUCAUAUUCGAGCGGAUAAUCUGGGACAAAAUCCAUCUGUUAGCAGAUAAAUCGUGUAAUUCUGAAAAUAGUACACGAGAUGAUUGGCAAGGGAAGCUCCAAAGACGUGCCUGGGCGAGCAGUGUUCUCCAGAGCGUGCAGCAUUUCUGUGAUUCCGAUAGAAUGGCUGCUGUACCCCCCGAAUAUAAGUCAAAGGCAGCGGUUAGUCUUCUUCGACUCAGCCAUUGGAACAACGUGUCCUACGACGACAGUCGAAAGUUGAUCGAAAUAGCACUGAAUAAAUUCGGAGGAACGGAUCAACUCAUAGAUGAACUCUUGAUUCGUCCCGAGGCCAUCAAAGAUAUCGUUCCAUUACCAGUCUCGGGUGGCGGCUCUGCUGUUAUUCACCGUGGGACAUGUCGUAUUUAUGGCGAGACCAAGACCGUUUCUGUCAAGAGGUUCCAGUCUCGUUGGGACGAGAAAUUUGCGCUUGAGGCGUGGACCUGGCGCGAAAUGUGUCGUACUGGUUCAGAUUAUAUUGUUCCAUUUCUUGGUGCACUUGAUAUUAAGACCAAGCCAGAAUGGGUACAGCAACUGUUCGAGUCGCAGUCAGGUGGAUCAUCUCCUUUGGGAGCAUCUGAAAUAUGGCUCGUCAGCGAGUGGAUGCCUCAUGGCACUCUUUUAAAUUACAUUUCUCAGCAGUCUAUAAACGCUCACGGGAAAGCCCUCUUGGUAUCCCAAGUAGCGAGCGCAAUUGCUUGGAUACAUUCGCACGGUGUUGCACAUGGAGACAUUAAAGCUAACAUACUUGUUGAUGAAAGGAAGAAGGCUCGCCUUGCGGACUUCGGGAUCUCCUCAUUCAUUGAUAACGAAUCCUAUUGCUAUAGUGGAGAGGACCACGGCUCAGCUGUUGGUACGACAAGGUGGAUGGCGCCAGAACGGCUGAUUCCCCAGGAUUUCCAUCUACCAAGCGCACGCCCUACACUUGAGAGCGACGUAUAUUCAUUUGCGAUGCUCAUAUGCCAGUUGUACACGGGACGACCUCCUCUAGACAAAAUUCCGAAUGAUUUUGCCUUCAUAAAUCGGGUAGUACGUCGAAAACAACGUCCCGAUCGGCCGUCAGAUAUCUAUGAUGAAUUGUGGGCUGUGGUGACGCGAUGUUGGUCUCAUGAACCAAGCGAUAGACCAACAAUGGAGAGUUUGAAUCGUGAAAUCAAAAGAUUUAUACGAGGGAAAACUACGUCUGCCCAGGGUCAGGGAGGCCACCGCGGAGUUGCGUCGUGAAGACCAGAAAAUUCUUGUUUUCUUGCUUUGGUACAAUCGUGUAUUCGAAAGUAGCUUUCAAUUUCAUCACUGUAGCUUCUGGGAUCGAAAC